AUGCCUCUAUUGCUGGCCCUGCCCUGUUCCUCCCAGCACAGUGUCAUAGCCCUGGACUAUAUAAAGACGGUCUCAAUCCGAAAAGCAGCACCAUCCUUUCAACAACCUGUUGACAGCAAACCUACUGCAUCUAAGAGAAAGAAAAAAGAAGAGCAACUGACUGAAGCUAUGAUCUCCAAAUUACAGAAAACCAUUAGACCAGUGUUGGCUGUCAGAGGACUGCAUACAUCUGCAGUGAAAGUCUUAAAGCGCCCGGCCCCUCAUGACACAGUCACAGCCAGCUUUGGGAAGUUCAUCAGUGAAGUAAAGCCCCAGCACCUGUCCUCUGUGGUGCUCCACCGCAGCAAAAGGAUGGUGCUGGACAGCAUUGGAGUUGGUGUGAUUGGCAGCACAACAGACGUGUUUGAGCUGGCCCUGCAGCACUGCCAGCACAUGUAUGCUCCUGAUGACAUCAGCUCUGUGUACGGACGCAGGGGCACCAGGCUCUCUCCGACAUUGGCAGCUUUUGUCAAUGGAGUGGCUACUCACUCCAUGGACUUUGAUGACACUUGGCACCCUGCCACUCAUCCCUCAGGAGCAGUCCUUCCUGCUGUGUUGGCACUCAGUGACAUGAUGUCUGCUAACAGCAAACCCAGUGGCAUGGACUUCCUGCUGGCAUUUAACAUCGGCAUUGAGAUCCAGGGCAGAUUGAUGAGGUUCUCUAAUGAGGCGCACAACAUCCCCAAGAGGUUUCACCCUCCU